CCUUCGUCGGCCCCUGAGCUCGCCCGGAGCGAGCCGCCGCGGGGCCUCGUCGCCCGCUGCCGCCGGCCAGCAAGAUGAUGUGUGAGGUGAUGCCGACCAUCAGUGAGGCAGAAGGCCCCCCGGGAGGAAGCGGGAGCCAUGGGGCCGGCUCCCCGGCUCAGCCCGACGCCGACUCGCACUUCGAGCAGCUGAUGGUGUCCAUGCUGGAAGAAAGGGACCGCCUUCUGGACACGCUGAGAGAGACCCAGGAGACGCUGGCGCUGACGCAGGGCAAGCUGCACGAGGUCGGCCACGAGAGGGACUCUCUGCAGAGGCAGCUCAACACCGCACUGCCGCAGGAGUUUGCAGCACUUACUAAAGAGCUCAACGUGUGCAGGGAGCAGCUCCUGGAGAGGGAGGAGGAGAUCGCCGAGCUGAAAGCAGAGAGGAACAACACCAGGCUGCUGUUGGAGCAUUUGGAGUGCCUGGUCUCCAGACAUGAGCGCUCCCUGCGCAUGACCGUGGUGAAGAGGCAGGCACAGUCGCCCGCCGGCGUGUCCAGCGAGGUGGAGGUGCUGAAGGCGCUGAAGUCCUUGUUUGAACACCACAAAGCUCUGGAUGAAAAGGUGAGAGAGCGGCUGCGAGUGGCACUUGAGAGGUGCAGUUUGUUGGAGGAAGAAUUAGGAGCCACGCACAAAGAGCUAAUGAUUCUUAAAGAACAGAAUAACCAGAAAAAAACAGGAGCAGAUGGAGUGCCGGACGUGAACCACGAGCAAGAGAACGUGCCAAGCACAAAUGGAAAGAGGUCUUCGGACGGCUCUCUGAGCCACGAGGAGGACCUGGCGAAGGUGCUGGAGCUCCAGGAGGUCAUCGACAGGCAGGCGAGAGAGCAGAGCCAGAUGAAGGAGCGCCUGGCCGCCCUGUGCACCCACGUGGCCGAGCUGGAGGACGACCUCGACACAGCCAGGAAGGACCUCAUCAAGUCCGAGGAGACCAACACCAAGCUGCAGCGAGACGUCCGUGAAGCCAUGGCCCAAAAGGAAGACAUGGAGGAGAGAAUCACGACUCUGGAGAAGCGCUACCUCGCGGCGCAGCGUGAAGCCACCUCUGUGCACGACCUCAACGAUAAACUUGAGAAUGAGAUUGCAAAUAAAGAUUCCAUGCAUCGACAGACUGAGGAUAAAAACCGCCAGUUACAGGAGCGCCUGGAGCUGGCCGAGCAGAAGCUGCAGCAGACGCUCCGGAAAGCAGAGACGCUGCCCGAGGUGGAGGCGGAGCUGGCCCAGCGCGUGGCGGCGCUGUCCAAGGCUGAAGAGAGACACGGCAACAUUGAAGAAAGGCUGCGGCAGAUGGAGGCGCAGCUGGAGGAGAAGAACCAGGAGCUGCAGCGGGCAAGGCAGAGAGAAAAAAUGAAUGAGGAACAUAAUAAGCGCUUGUCAGACACUGUGGACAAGCUGCUUUCAGAAUCUAAUGAGAGACUUCAGCUUCAUCUUAAAGAGAGAAUGGCCGCUCUGGAAGACAAGAAUUCUCUAUUACGAGAAGUUGAAAACGCGAAAAAGCAAUUAGAAGAAACGCAACAUGAUAAGGAUCAGCUCGUCCUAAACAUCGAGGCCCUGAGGGCUGAGCUAGACCAGAUGAGGCUGCGAGGUGCUUCCCUCCAUCAUGGCCGACCCCACUUGGGCAGCGUCCCAGACUUCAGGUUUCCCGCGGCGGAUGGUCACACGGACGCCUACAGCACCAGCGCCGUGCUGCGGCGCCCCCAGAAGGGCCGGCUGGCAGCGCUGCGGGAUGAGCCCUCCAAGGUACAGACUCUGAACGAGCAGGACUGGGAGCGUGCCCAGCAAGCCAGCGUCUUGGCCAAUGUGGCCCAGGCCUUUGAGAGUGACGUGGACGUGUCUGACGGUGAGGAUGACAGGGACACCGUGCUCAGUGCCGUGGACCUGUGGUCGCCCAGCGGGCAGGCUGAUGCGCAGACGCUGGCCGUGAUGCUGCAGGAGCAGCUGGACGCCAUCAACAAGGAGAUCAGGUUGAUCCAAGAAGAGAAGGAGAACACGGAGCAGCGGGCGGAGGAGAUCGAAAGUCGCGUCGGCAGUGGCAGCUUAGACAGUCUUGGUCGUUUUAGAUCAAUGAGCUCCAUUCCCCCCUACCCUGCUUCCUCGCUGGCCGGCUCCUCCCCUCCAGGCAGUGGCCGCUCCACCCCAAGAAGGGUUCCUCACAGCCCCGCCCGGGAGGUGGACAGACUGGGCGUCAUGACUCUCCUGCCAGCCUCCCGAGAAGAGGUACGAGACGACAAGACGACCAUCAAAUGUGAAACCUCCCCCCCCUCUUCUCCGCGGGCGCUCCGGCUGGACAGGCUGCACAAAGGGGCGCCGCACUCGGUCAGCCAGGAGGACGUCAGGGACAUGCGGAACUCCACAGGCUCCCAGGAUGGCCCCGCGAGCAAUCCCAGCAGCAGCAACAGCAGCCAGGACUCGCUGCACAAAGCCCCGAAGAAGAAGGGCAUCAAGUCCUCCAUCGGCCGCUUGUUUGGCAAGAGAGAGAAGGGCCGGCCUGGACAGACUGGCAAGGACGCCUUAGGGCAAGCCGGUGUUUCGGAGGCAGACGGCUCGUCUCCAGAUGCCCUGGGCCUGAGCAAACUGGGCGGACAGGCUGAAAAAACCCGCAGGCUCCAGAAGAAGCAUGAGUUGCUCGAGGAGGCCCGGAGACAGGGUUUACCGUUCGCACAGUGGGACGGGCCGACAGUGGUGGUCUGGCUGGAGCUCUGGGUCGGGAUGCCAGCCUGGUAUGUGGCUGCGUGCCGAGCAAACGUGAAGAGCGGGGCCAUCAUGUCCGCGCUGUCCGACACGGAGAUCCAGCGGGAGAUCGGCAUCAGCAACCCGCUGCACCGGCUGAAGCUGCGGCUGGCCAUCCAGGAGAUCAUGUCGCUGACCAGCCCGUCCGCCCCGCCCACGUCCAGAACGACCACAGGAAAUGUCUGGUUAACACACGAAGAGAUGGAAACACUCGCAGCCACGCCGCAAACGACGCUCGCGUACGGGGACAUGAACCACGAGUGGAUCGGCAACGAGUGGCUGCCCAGCCUGGGCCUUCCCCAGUACCGCAGCUACUUCAUGGAGUGCCUCGUGGACGCCCGGAUGCUGGACCACUUGACCAAGAAGGACCUGCGCGGGCAGCUGAAGAUGGUCGACAGCUUUCACAGGAACAGCUUCCAGUGUGGAAUCAUGUGCCUGCGGAGGCUGAAUUACGACCGCAAAGAGCUGGAGAGGAAGCGAGAGGAGAGCCAGCACGAAGUGAAAGACGUCCUUGUGUGGAGCAACGACCGCGUGAUGCGCUGGAUCCUGUCCAUCGGCCUGAAAGAGUACGCCAACAACCUGGUCGAGAGCGGCGUGCACGGCGCGCUGCUGGCCCUGGACGAGACCUUCGACUUCAGCGCGCUGGCCUUGUUGCUGCAGAUCCCGACCCAGAAUACACAGGCCCGAGCUGUCUUGGAAAGAGAAUUUAACAACCUUUUGGUCAUGGGGACUGACCGGCGGUUUGAUGAAGACGAUGACAAGAGCUUUAGGAGAGCACCUUCCUGGAGGAAGAAGUUUAGACCAAAGGACAUUCGCGGCCUGGCUGCGGGGUCGGCAGAGACUCUCCCUGCGAACUUCCGUGUGACUUCCUCCAUGGCUUCCCCCUCUGUGCAGCCCAAGAAGAUGCAGAUGGACGGCAGCUCAUCGGGCGCGCAGAGGCUGGACUCGGCCGCAGUCAGGACUUACUCCUGCUGAAGCCUCCUGUGUGUACCCGCACUACUUCUACAGAUGACUCUGCCGCACUGGGGACCCAGCAGCCACGCCGCCUUGGACUCCCGUGGAAUCUGUAACCUGUUGAUACUUGUUACAUGGACACUGAGAUAUUUUAUUACAGAGUUUUUAAUUAGUGAAAAAUUCAUGAAUACCAUAGAGAAAAUAUUUUAGAAUUUAAUGUUUCUUAUAUUUAUGUAAACUUAUGGCCUUCAUUUAUAUAGUUCCCUUUUUCAUGUAUAUCCAGGCUAUAAAUAUCCUGUGAAAUCAAUCCAUGUUCUUAUACCUAAUGUUGGUCUUUGAAAUGAAUGUACUGUAAUGCUUGUAUGUAUGAGUCCUAUGAACAAAUAUAGGGCUUUUGUAAAUUAUGCAUUAUUGUAAUUAUCACUGUUUGAUUUGGGGAUGAGAAACCACGACAGAGAAGGGGAUUUUACUACGUCUAUAAAAUCAUGACAAAGCAAUGUGCGCUCUCCUUUACCUCGCUCUACAACAAUCAUUUUGAAAUAAGCAGAUUUAAUGUCAAGCGAUUAUUGUCAUAUUUUAAAGACUGACCUUAACUGUACUUUUUUUCUAGCAAGAAAUGCUUUAUUCUGCAGCCUGAGCAGACUUCAGAUCUCCGGUGUUCAGCGUCAGCUUCUAACAAAGCCGGGGCUGGAAGGGUCCGCGGAGCGCUGCGGAAAUCUCUGCGCACCGGGGACCCUUUCCUGGCCCCGAGCCGGAGCCACACUCGAGCCAGGAGCAGGGGUGGGGGCGGAGGGAAGCCGCCCACACAGCUAUCACCGAGGACCAAUCACCACGCAGUGUGCUCUCUCUCAGACACCUGUGGUGCAGUCUAAUAAAGGCCUUACCGUUCUUACACAAAUCAGCUUCCAGGUUUGUUUGUGACCAUGCAGACGGAGCCGGCCUGGUCGUGCGCGCUACGGCAUUCUGGACUGCAGAAGUAGCAGAUGCGGCUUUUACUGCUAAAUGGCUGUGAAAAAGCCAGCGAGCAGCGCGUCAGGUCGGGCCCGUGGUGCGUCGCGCGGCCCUGGGCGUCGGUCUCUGUUUGGAGCCCACUUGCACAGCUCCUUGUGACUGUUGUGAACUUCCCGAUUCUGUAACAAAGUCUGUACAGUCUACUUUUGAACUGUUUUUAUCACAGUAUUAUUUAUUGCUUUCUUUCCAUAAAGUACUGACGCAUUUCCACUGCCAAUAAAGACAACUGAGCCUGA